AUGAGUUUUGAUAAAGAAAAAGGGCUACCACCUCCUCCACCUGUCGUUCCACCAAACAUUGUACCAGAACUGGAGCCUAUCAAAAAGAACACUCUUCUUCCAAUGGCCCGAAAAGGCAGCGGGACCAAAGGAGUAAGGACACCUCUUCUUACCAAUCACUUCAGAGUCAACUUCAACAACUCAAACGGCCACUUCUUUCAUUACAGUGUUGCGAUUACAUAUGAAGAUGGACGUCCAGUGGAGGCUAAAGGAAUCGGCAGAAAGAUUCUUGAAAAAGUCCAAGAAACUUAUCGAACAGAUUUAGGAUCCAAAUACUUUGCUUAUGAUGGUGAGAAGACUCUGUUCACUGUUGGUCCUCUUCCUAGCAACAAACUAGACUUCUCUGUCGUUCUUGAAGACAUACCUUCUAGCAGAAAUAGAGAUGGUAGCCCGAAUGAAUCAAAUGAAACAGACAGGAAAAGAUUGAGACGACCACAUCAAUCUAAAAAGUUCAUGGUUGAGAUAAGCUAUGCUGCAAGAAUCCCCAUGCAAGCUAUUGCAAGCGCUCUUCAAGGAAAGGAAACUGAUUAUCUUCAAGAUGCUAUAAGAGUGCUUGAUGUUAUUCUGCGCCAGAGUGCAGCUAGGCAGGGAUGCCUACUUGUUCGCCAAUCAUUUUUUCACAACGACGUCCAGAACUUUGUUCACAUCGGUGGAGGUGUCACUGGUGUCAGAGGCUUCCACUCAAGCUUCAGAACUACUCAGGGAGGCUUGUCCUUGAAUAUAGACACUUCAACCACGAUGGUAGUACAACCAGGUCUUGUUGUUGAUUUCCUUCUUGCAAAUCAGAAUGUGAAACACCCAAAGUAUCUUGACUGGGAUAAGGCUAGACGUGCUCUCAAGAAUCUUAGAGUUAAGGUUAUCCCUUCAAAUAGAGAAUACAAGAUAACUGGACUGAGUGAAGAGCGCUGCAAAGAUCAAAUGUUUACUAGGAAGUCUAAAAAGGAGAAUGGGGAAGUUGAGGAAGUUCAGACAACAGUGUACAAGUACUUCACCGAGUUUCGCGGUCUCGAACUGAAAUAUUCAGGUGACUUUCCUUGCAUCAAUGUUGGUAAGCCAAAGCGUCCAACUUACUUCCCCAUUGAGCUCUGUGAACUUGUGAGUCUACAGCGUUACACAAAAACGCUUAGUAAUCUUCAGAGGGCUUCCCUUGUAGAAAAGUCUAGGCAGAGGCCAGCUGAAAGAAUGGCUUCACUAACCAAUGGUCUUAAGAAGAGCAACUAUAAUGCUGACCUUAUGUUGCAAGAAAGUGGUGUCAGCAUUGGCUCUAACUUCACCCAAGUAGAUGGCCGUGUAUUACCAGCACCAUUGCUGAGAGUGGGCAAUGGACAGGAGUUUCAACCUAGCAAAGGGCGUUGGAACUUUAAUCAUAAGAAACUUGUUGAGCCAGCCACGGUUACAGAAUGGGCUAUUGUGAACUUCUCUGCUCAAUGUGAUACGAAUAGGCUUGUUUCUGACUUGAUUAGAUGUGGAAAAAUGAAAGGAAUUAAUGUGAAACCUCCAUACGAUGUCUUUCAAGAAAAUUCUCGGUUUAGGGAUGCACCAGCUCAUAUUAGAGUAGAAAAGAUGUUCGAGCAGCUGCAAUAUGAACUCAAAGAAAAAAGGAAAAUUACAAAGAAGCCUAUGUUCCUUCUUUGCAUUCUCGCAGAAAGGAAAAACUCUCUUGUUUAUGCUACUCCUAAAAUAAAUGAUCAGUAUAUCACUAAUGUUCUCCUCAAGAUAAAUGCCAAGCUUGGCGGGCUAAAUUCCAUGUUAGCUAUGGAGCGAUCACGAGCAAUGAUGCCUUUAGUAACACAAGUUCCUACCUUCAUUAUUGGAAUGGAUGUGUCUCAUGGUUCUCCUGGAUCUGAUGUACCAUCAAUUGCUGCGGUUGUGGGGUCCAGAGAAUGGCCACUCAUCUCAAAAUAUAGGGCAUGCGUGCGCACACAAUCUCGGAAAGUGGAAAUGAUUGAUAAUCUCUUCAAACCUGUCACUAACGAAAAGGGAAAACUCGUGGAUGAGGGAAUAUUCUGGGAGCUCUUGAGGGAGUUUUACUCAAGCUCGGGGAGUAGGAAACCUGAGCACAUUAUCAUUUUCAGGGAUGGUGUGAGUGAGUCUCAGUUCAGUCAAGUUCUCAACUUUGAAUUGGAUCAGAUGAAGCAGGCAUGGAAGUUUGCUGAGGAAAAUUGGCAACCAAAGUUCACAGUGAUCAUUGCACAGAAGAACCACCACACCAAGUUCUUCCAGGCUGAUUUGCAGGCUCAUGGCCCUGACAAUGUUCUUCCAGGAACAAUAAUUGACAGCAAGAUCUGUCACCCACGCAACAAUGACUUCUAUCUCUGUGCCCAUGCUGGAUUGAUUGGAACUACAAGGCCAACGCAUUACCAUGUGCUCUAUGAUGAGAUUGGAUUUUCGACAGAUGACCUUCAAGAACUUGUGCACUCUCUAUCCUAUGUCUACCAGAGGAGCACCACUGCCAUCUCAGUCGGCGAAUUCUCAUAUCUUUUCAACGUUACUACUGCUGUUUUUUUUUCAUUAAUUCUGAUUAUGUUUAAUAAUCUCUUAAUGCAUGAUGGUUACACUAUGUGCAAUUAUCUCAAGUACCAUUUGGUUUGAUCGCAGUUGCACCUGUUUGUUAUGCUCAUUUGGCGGCUGCACAGAUGGGAACCGUGAUGAAGUUUGAGGACAUGUCUUUGUCUGAGACAUUAUCGAGCCAUGGAGAGAUCACGAUACCUGGAGCAGUCCCUGUGCCACCAAUGCCAAAGUUGCACGAGGAUGUUGCAAGCUCCAUGUUCUUCUGCUGAAGGAGAAACGUCCAGCCACAAUGCAUUUUUCCUAAUUUGCCUAAUUACCA